AUGUUCGCUGCUGGCAUAGCGUCCUUGGUGGGUGCGGCAGCGUACGCCUACAGCUACAACCUGGGACGCUUCAGAUUCAACUCACUGCAGCGGCAAGAAUGUUUGCAUCACUUUCAGGAUGUCGAGGCCUGGGCUGCCCACUGGAAUGACAUUGCCGACACUGCUGCUAAGGAUGCCCAUCAGUUGCGCCCGGCGUCGUUUCAAGAACUCUGGCAAGUUUUUUCUUGUGAGUGGGCUGAUGGAGCUCGCUGCUUGCGCAUUUUUCAGGCGUUCCAUCUUGCCUUGGCUGCUCAUGGAGCUAUGCUCCCUGAGGUUGCUGACCAAGAUGAGGACCUACCUUCGGAUGAGAUCAACUUUUCGAUAGAGAGAACCCCGGCGCAUGCCGCUGCUUUGGGGGACGUCUUACCCAUAGACUGGUACCCCCGUUGGUUAGCUAGCCCGCUUUGUAAAAUUUUUGGGGCUGAAUUCGUUUUUGAAUUUGUUUCGUUUUUGGCCACGGAGUCUGACACCUGCAUCUCCGUUUUUGCUGUUAGUUGGAUCGAGUUAGCCGCCCUGGCUUUUGCACUGCGACUACCUCAUCCAGUGCCAGGGGUGGCUGCCCAGGGUCAAAUCUGGUGGGAUCGUUCUAGUGUUUCUCCUGCUUUGGAUCAUGAGGUUACCGUUGCUUUGAGGGUUCGCUUUAUUUCUCGGUUUCUUCGUUCCUUCACGACCCACUUUGACCUUGGUUUGACUUCGGUCUCGGAUCUAGAUAGAUCUUCUUUGGGAGUUGCGACUCCGCUUCGGGGGAUGGCUUUUCCUCUCUCGGACAGAUCCUUGCGGCUGAUUGGAGACACUCUCCAAGCUUUUACAGCCAGUCGACCCAUUCGCACACCGAAUGAUUUAGCUCGACCUUUUAGGAACUAG